AGAUCUGAUUCUGUUAAUAUUUGACUGCAGUUGAUGGAGUUGAGUGUAAAGUUCAGAUCAGAGCAGUUAUUUGAUCACAUUCAUCACAUUUCCUUCAGAUAACACUUGAGAAAACUUUGGUCUGUGUUUUGUUCGCUGUUCAGCAGCAGAAUCACUUCACAGACGUUCAGCAGCUUCAUGACGAUCAUUUCCUGCUUUCACAAGCUUCUUACCUGACCACCAGAGGGCGGGCUCUUCUGUUAAACCAGUGGACUCACCUGCAGUGAAGGGCUGUAAAGUGUGAUGCAAACAGCGUCUUGAGUGGCGCUCUGCUAUGAAUCAGAUCAAGGCCAGUGAAGAGGAAGCUCCGCCCUCUAAAACCACUCUGUGUGAGGAACAUGAGGGUCAGAGGAGGAUCCAUCAACAGAGACCAGACUCUCCCAGACCUGGACCUGGACCCAGCUGUGUGUCCAUGAAGAGUGACCGGUCCAUGUAUGAACCUUUGAACUUCAAACAAGAACAGAGGAGGAUCCAUCAACAGGGACCAGACUCUGCCGGACCUGGACCUGGACCCAGCUGUGUGUCCAUGAAGAGUGACUUGUCUAUAGAUCGUCUUAUUAGCUUCAAGGAUGGACAAAAACAUGGUGAACUGAUAGUUGAUCAGCAGAGGACAGAGGUUCUCAGUGGUCAGUCUGUCCAGCAGCAUGGAGCAGACCUGGACUCCAUAUUUAAGCUGCUGGAGGAGAACAUCAUCUGCUUUGUGAAGAACGAGCUGAAGAAGAUCCACAAGGUUCUGGAUACAGAUCACACAGAAGUCUCAGAGAGUCAGAGGGAGGAUGAGGAGCAGAGGAGCAGCAGAGAGGCCUUUCUGAAGAUCACAGAGGACUUCUUAAAGAGGAUGAAGCAGGAGAAGCUAGCUGACAGUAAGAGGACUUUUAAUGUGAAAGGAAGAAUAUCUUAUUUUCUCAAUGAUCCACUCACUGAUUUAUUUUCUUGUGUUCUGUCAGAAAUCAGACCUUCAGCUUGGCGACGUGAACUCAGAUCAAACCUGAAGAAGAAGUUUCAGUGUUUGUUUGAGGGCGUGGCUAAAGCAGGAAACACCACCCUUCUGAAUGAGAUCUUCACAGAGCUCUACAUCACAGAGGGAGGGACUGGAGAGGUCAAUGAAGAACAUGAGGUCAGACAGAUUGAAAGAGCUUCCUGGAAACCAGACAGACCAGAAACAUCCAUCAGACAAGAAGACAUCUUUAAAGCCUCAGCUGGAAGAGACAGACCAAUCAGAAGAGUGAUGACAAAGGGCGUGGCUGGCAUUGGGAAAACAGUGUUAACACAGAAGUUCACUCUGGACUGGGCUGAAGACAAAAGCAACCAGGACGUACAGCUCAUGUUUCCCUUCACCUUCAGAGAGCUGAAUGUGCUGAAAGAGAAGAAGUUCAGUUUGGUGGAACUCAUCCAUCACUUCUUCACUGAAACCAAAGAAGCAGGAAUCUGCAGGUUUGAAGACUUUAAGGUGGUCUUCAUCUUUGAUGGUCUGGACGAGUGUCGACUUCCUCUGGACUUCCACAACACUGAGAUCCUGACUGACGUCACAGCGUCCACCUCAGUGGACGUGCUGCUGACAAACCUCAUCAGGGGGAAACUGCUUCCCUCUGCUCGCCUCUGGACAACCACACGACCUGCAGCAGCCAAUCAGAUCCCUCCUGACUGUGUGGACAUGGUGACAGAGGUCAGAGGGUUCAAGGACCCACAGAAGGAGGACUACUUCAGGAAGAGGUUCAGAGAUGAGGAGAAGGCCAGGAGGAUCAUCUCCCACAUCCAGACAUCACGAAGCCUCCACAUCAUGUGCCACAUCCCAGUCUUCUGCUGGAUCACCGCAACAGUUCUGGAGAACAUGCUGAAAACCAGAGAUGGAGGAGAACUGCCCAAGACCCUGACUGAGAUGUACAUCCACUUCCUAGUGGUUCAGUCCAAAGUGAAGAGGGUCAAAUAUGAUGGAGGAGCUGAGAUGGAUCCACACUGGAGUCCAGAGAACAAGAAGAUGAUUGAGUCUCUGGGGAAACUGGCUUUUGAGCAGCUGCAGAAAGGAAACCUGAUCUUCUAUGAAUCAGACCUGACAGAGUGUGGCAUCGAUAUCACAGCAGCUUCAGUUUACUCAGGAGUCUUCACUCAGAUCUUUAAAGAGGAGAGAGGCCUGUACCAGGACAAGGUCUUCUGCUUUGUCCAUCUGAGUGUUCAGGAGUUUCUAGCUGCUCUUCAUGUUCAUCUGACCUUCAUCACCUCUGGAACAAAUCUGUUGUCAGAAGAACCAACAACGAGCCAGUGGUCCAUACAAACAAACAAACCUGAACUGAAUCAUCUGCACCAGAGUGCUGUGGACGAGGCCUUACUGAGUCCAAAUGGACACCUGGACUUGUCCCUCCGCUUCCUCCUGGGUCUUUCACUGGCGACCAAUCAGAAGCUCUUAAGAGGUCUACUGACACAAACAGGAAGUGGUUCACAGACCAAUCAGAAAACAGUUGAGUACAUCAAGAAGAAGAUCAGUGAGAAUCUGUCAGCAGAGAGAAGCAUCAACCUGUUCCACUGUCUGAAUGAACUGAACCAUCGUUCUCUUGUGGAGGAGAUCCAAGAGUCCCUCACAUCAGGACGCCUGUCCAGAAAGACACUGUCUCCUGCUCAGUGGUCAGCUCUGGUCUUCAUCUUACUGUCAUCAGGAAAAGAUCUGGAAGAGUUUGACCUGAAGAAAUACUCUGCUUCAGAGGAGGCUCUUCUGAAGCUGCUGCCGGUGGUCAAAGCCUCCAACAAAGCUCUACUGAGUGGCUGUAACCUCUCAGAGAGAAGCUGUGAAGCUCUGUCCUCAGUCCUCAGCUCUGUGUCCUCUUGUCUGAGACACGUGGACCUGAGUAACAACGACCUGCAGGAUCCAGGAGUGAAGCUGCUGUGUGAUGGACUGAAGAGUCCUCACUGUUCUCUGGAGACUCUCAGAAUGAGUGGCUGUAACCUCUCAGAGAGAAGCUGUGAAGCUCUGUCCUCAGUCCUCAGCUCUGUGUCC